ACUAAAAAGAAGAAUAAAUUAACUAAUUGUUCAUUAGUACUUAAAUAAUUCUAUGAGCACUUUUUUUCCAUUAUAACUUUGGGAAUUAGAGAUUCAUUCAUAUGUAAAUUAUAUUAAUCAUAUCAAAUCUCAAUUCCCAAAAUUGAAAAAAAUUCGAAAUUCCAAAAAAAAUAAAUUAUAUUAAACAAAAAUGUUUGGAACCCAAACAAAAUGCAAAGCAUGUGAUAAAACUGUUUAUGCUGCAGAAAUAAUUUCUGCAGGUGGUGUUAAUUAUCAUAAUACUUGUUUCAGAUGUAGUCAUUGCAAUGGAAGACUUGCUUUGAGCAAUUACUCUUGCCUUGAUGGAACAUUAUUUUGCAAGCCACAUUUUGAACAACUACUCAAGGAAAAAGGAAGUGGUGCUUUGAAGUCUUCAUCAGUUGGGAGGAACAGUGAGCUGAACAGAAACCCUAGCAAAUUGUCCUCCCUAUUUUCUGGCACUCAGGAUAAAUGUGCAUCAUGCAAAAAAACUGUGUAUCCAUUGGAAAAGGUGACGGUAGAUGGUGAAUUUUACCAUCAAUCAUGUUUCAAAUGUGCACAUGGUGGAUGCAAACUUACAACAUCAUCAUAUGCAGCAUUAGACGGACUCGUGUAUUGCAAGAUUCAUUUUUCGCAACUGUUCAAAGAAAAAGGUUCCUAUAAUCAUCUUACGACAACUACGAAUAAAAAAAAUAAUAAUGUCGACGAACAACAAGAGGGUUCGACUACUACUACUACUGCUACAACAACUACUGUCGAUGACGAGCCAUCAGAGCCUGUAGCUGAAGAGACUCAAGAUUAGUUCUGAUUUUCCGAUGCAAAUUCGUAUUUAAUCAGAUCCCAAUAUAGAUAUUAAGAACAUCAUAUGGGAAAAAAAAAAUUAAUUAGUUCAUAUUAUUGUCAAUGAGACUAUGAUUUUUCAUUAAUUAUUUGUUUCUUCAUUUGAAAAUUUUGUAAUGCACCAUAUAUUUGUAAUGUUUUUUUUUUUAAACUCAAUUUUGCUAAAUAAUCAGAAAUACAUUAAUUGUUGUCUUAUU